GACGAUGACGUAACACACAAAAACAUGGUUCCCUUGUUUUGAACCUGAAAAGCGUGCUAAGUGUUUCUCUAAGUUCGCCUCACACGGGGACGCCUAUCGGAACCUGAAUGAGCGGAAAACAUUCAUAAAAGACGAUGGCUCAGGCCGUGGAAACGUGUGCUGAAACCGGACGCAGGCUGGUGUGUACCAUCUGCCGUGUUCACUGUUAGCUUAUGAAGUGAGAUUGGCAGCGAGCUAAUUAGUUAGCUAAGCUAACGUUUGCAGCUGCAAACGUGGGCGAUAUUUGUCAAGCCUCUGAAGCUGCUCAAGCCAGGGGCUACUCUAAAAAAAACCAAAGUAUUUUACAUUCUGUGAUUUCUCAUACAUUUUUUUUAGCUGUGCUGUAGUGAAAAGCAAGAUUAAACAACUAUCAGUGAAAUCUUAAAACACUUACAUUGCUCGUCCAGUGAUAGUUAUUUAAAGGUUAUUUCAACUGCCUCCUGAUUUGAUAACACUAUCUCAGUUUUGCACACGAAUGCAAGUUGUGUCAGUGUUAUCUUAUCCACGCGUGUUGCAGUUUGGGAAUGUAAAUAAUGUCGUUUUCAAUGGCAGCGCUCCAUCUGCCGGAGGAUGUACGACGAAAAUGAGGAUCUCUCUGAUGUCGAAGAAAUUGCAAACAUCCGAGGUUUCAGUGUGGAGGAAAAGCUGAUCAGUGACAGUUACAACGACAAAUUUGUCCACUCCAUGGAGGGUAAAGGUAAAGCAACACAACACAGCAUAUUUCUUUCUCAGGUGCAAGCUUGUCCAACUAUGGUUUGUGUUUGCAUUGACUUCUAUAUAUUCUGCACCCUCCUCCACAGUCAAUGUUUGAUUCUCUUGAUUCCAUGCUGACUGUCUUGCAGACUUCUCUUAUGAGUAUGUGCAAAAGGAGGCUCUCAGGACCCCACUCAUUUUUGAAGAGAAAGCUGGACUAGGGAUCAGGUGAGAGGCCAAUUCACCAGCAUGAAUAACAGCAUGAAUUACUUCAAUUAUACUCCUUUUUAUUGCAAUUAUGUUAUAUGUGUAUUCAUGUCCAGACUCACAUGGUAACUAAUAUCUAUCUCACACAGAAUGCCUGAUCCUGAAUUUACAGUUAGUGAGAUUAAAGGCUUAGUUGGUAAGUACAGUGCUGCAUACGCAUGUAUAGAUCUUUACUAACAAUCAAACUAAAAAAAGUUAACCAGCCACGUAGAGUUGCUAUUUUACAGAAUAGGGUGGAGGAAAAAGAACAGUGGUCAGUGAGUUUGAGUGCAUAGGAAAAUUUCAAUUAAUUUAUCAUAAAGAGGGAAAACACCUCUCAAAAACUAAAAAAACUAAGAGGUGAGAGCCUCUAGCAUUAUACCCUCUGAAAACAGCUCUCUAGUAAAGAUUUGAAGUGUCACCAAAGUGUCAUUCUCACUCAGGGGAAUAUUUACUUCCACAGUACAGCAAUGGAAGACAACAUAUUAUUGAUACAAAUCUGUAAAUGUCUAUCUAUCUAUCUAUCUAUCUAUCUAUCUAUCUAUCUAUCUAUCUAUCUAUCUAUCUAUCUAUCUAUCUAUCUAUCUAUCUAUCUUUAUUUUCAAUAUUGUCUGUUAAGAAUAUGUUUUAAUGCUUUUGGAUAAAAUUGUGUUAAGUUUGACAAAAGUAGGGUCAAGACCUAACUCGGGUGUAGUUGCUCCAUCUAGUGGUGAUGAUGAGGAUUUUUUUUUUCACUGGUAUCUAUUUGAUUAAGAUUAAAUUUGUAGAGUCACUGAUACACACGUUUUCUUUGUGUUGCUCCUACAGCUGAAUUGAGUAUAUCUCUAUAUAAAAUUACAGAUAUGUUAGUGACUAUAGAAGUGCUAAUAGGUCAAUCUGAACGUCUGCUUUGAAUAUGGCUUGCAGGUAGUCGUCGGUCUGUGGAUGUCAUGGAUGUGAGCACCCAGAAAGGCUCUGAAAUGAGCAUGGCUCAGUUUGUCCGCUAUUAUGAGUCACCAGAGGAAGAGAGGGACAAACUUUUCAAUGUCAUCAGCUUAGAGUUUAGCCACACCAAGCUGGAGAACCUCAUCAAGCGGCCCACAGUGGUAAAUUAGCCCAACAGUCUUUACACCAAUAUGAUGGGCAUAAAUCUAGCCUUAAAUGUAAAAAAUAAUGACUAAAACACUAUGGCUAAAGGCUGAAAAUGCAUUUUUGUUCACUAACUGUCACAGGUGGAUCAGGUGGACUGGGUGGACAACAUGUGGCCUCCUGAUCUCAAACACAGCCAAACAGAAGCCACCAAUGUCAUCUCAGAAAUGAAGUACCCUAAAGUGCAAAGGUAGGGCGAAACUGCAUUUUUCUUUUUGUUGAAAUAAAAGCAAAACUCCUUUUAGAGUCCUGUGUCAGUUUGUGAUUGAAAAUAAAAUUGAAAUGUGUGAAGCAUAAUAUAAAAACUACCUGGAAAAAAUUACUGCAUCCUUGGCAGCAAAUUCAAUUUCUCUUUUCAUCUCAAUCUCUCAUCUAACGCUCAGCGGAGCAGAGUGCUGCACACUGGUGGUGUUAUCCAUCUCCUGAACGUGCUCCUGAUUGUUGCUAGGCAGCAGAGUGUUCCAUAGUGGAGGAUGGGUUUAUUACAGCUGUAGUCCAACUGCACUGACACCUCUCAGCCAAUCAGUCGUCAGUAUUUGCACAUAGUGAAUGAGUCAAAUAUUAUUAUGCCUUUUCUCUGCAGCCUUAGUUGGUUGUAUUUCCUCUCAUCAAAUGAAAAAUAUUUCAGCCCCUGUAUUUAUUCGUUCACUAAUUCAUUUGAAAUGAUUUAUUUAUUCAAUUACUGUAUUAAAUGAGACUCAUAAUUAGGUGAGAUAUGGUGGCAGGGAUUGGACUGUAAACAGUGGAGCAUAUAAAAAGAUCAGUCUUGGCAGCAUUCAUCGGCAAACAAUUUCUAGUAUUAUUUCAGUGUAUAAAAACAUGAUACAGAAACCUCCACCUUACAAGUGUUAGCAAUAAAUAUUUUAACAUGGAAUCAUUUAAUACGUCGUUAGAGUUUGAACGACUUCAUAUCGAACGCAAAUAAUUUUCAUUAGUUGUAGUGAGACUAAUUUUCUCCAUAUAGUCUGAAAAUCCUCCUUAAUGUCUUUAAGAUGAUGUCAUUAAAUUGUUGUGCCUGAAAAUAUUUGGCAUGACUUUGAAUGAGUAAAGUAUUUAUGUUAAUCUGUGAUCAUUUAUUAGUCUUUAUAAACAUUAAUUGAUAACCAAGCAGGAAAAAGCUCCUUCCUAAAUUACUGAAUUGAAGGUAGAAUAACUUUGAGCCAGAUUUUCAGUCAUUUAUUUUUACAGACUUACUUGUCGAGCGAAAAUAGAAAAUUGUACGUGGCGUUGCAUCUUAAAUGAGAAGAUUUGCUCAAUUUUUUUAGCUUGAUUUUAUAGAGAAAAAAAUAUAUUUUGGGGCCCCAGAGUGCUGAAGCAGUUUGAAAGUUCCCACUGAGCACUAAACAUAUAGUAGAUAGCUGUUUUUCUCAGUCUUGGGCUAAUCAGUUAUAUAUGUAUAAAAAAAAUUGCAUAAUAGGAUCACCAAUCUAAUUAUUAUCAUUCUUUCAGCCAUAUUCUCCUCAUGUAUACCAAGUGACAGUUUGAAUCUGAGAUCUCUUGUGGUCACUUAUUGCUCAGAAGAGUAUGAACUAAAAAACCCUCAAAAAUUACAAUACUGAGGAUUUUGAAACUACAAAAUUUAACUCCUUUUUGCUUUCAAAUUCAUACAUAUUAGUCAAGUCAAUCCAAACCUUUAUCAAUAAAGUACUUUUAAAAACAGCUGAUGUCGACCAAAGUGCUGUUUGUAUUGUCAGCUGAUCAGUUGCUUUAUUCCUACCUAAUGUCUGAUUCACGUGGCGCUGUUGUUUGUUGGUUUUCUGUUACACUGAUUACUUAGAGAAAAAAAAAUGUCAACAUAAAACAAUAAGUCAAUUAUCCAUUUGUCUAGUUACUACAUAUAAUGGAAUAGGCAAUAAAGUUAAUUGAAUACAAAUUGGUCCGAGAGUAAUAAUUGAUUCUCUACAUUUCUACACUGACAGAAGAGUUAUAAUGUUUAUUUUAUGUUACUGUUUGUGUCCCUAUUUUAAUUGAAUGAAAAUGCCACAUCAUCUCACUGUGGGGCACAAGACACACGGCUUGAUGCUGUGAAAAACAUAAAUAAAUCUGCUUUCAUUUGUCUAAAUGACUGAACCAUUUGUGUCUCUAAUCAUCCUCCCGUUAAACUCCUAUUGUGAACAAUUUACUCUUUGCUGUAGUGCUCUUGUGAUUGAUCUCUCGCAGUGCUUUCUAAUGGUAGCUGUUGUUUUCAACAAAGCACAACAGAGAUAUCAGCAGCCUUGUAAUUGAUUCUGAUUGUUUGGCUGUGUUUUUCCUUUAACUGGAUGUCUUAAGUCUGUCUGCCUUUAUGUCUUAAUGUUUGCUUGUGAUGUGAUCCAAUUUAAAUGAGUCUGUUUUUCCUUUCCUGCUUUAGGUAUUGUUUGAUGAGUGUGAAGGGCUGCUACACAGACUUCCACAUUGAUUUUGGGGGGACGUCUGUUUGGUAUCAUGUAUUUAAGGGACAAAAAGUAAGUCCAUUUUCAUAUCUUUGAAUUUCAGAAGAAUGAUUAUGUCUUACAGUAUUGAUAGACUCAGAGUUAAGAUUUUACCUCGCGCUGAAUAACCUCUAAAAUCUUAAUCUAAACCCUCUUCAGGUGUUUUGGCUUGUGCCUCCAACCCCUCAUAACCUCGCCCUUUACGAGGACUGGGUCCUGUCAGGCAAACAGAGUGAUAUCUUUCUGGGAGAUCGAGCCGAUGGAUGCCAGAGAGUGGAGCUUAAGCAGGGCUACACCUUCUUCAUCCCAUCUGGUGUGUUGGCAUGGUUGUUUCAAAAUAGCCAGCGGGAAAAGAUUAGCUGAAGCUCCAGUGGGCACAAAUGCUAAGCUAUACCUGUGUUUUGAACGGUAUAUUCAGCUAUGUGCAUGAAUUUCUGACACCUCUUUAAAGUUAUUUCUUAUGUUUGCUUUUGUAUGUAGGGUGGAUUCAUGCAGUCUACACUCCAGAGGACACACUGGUGUUCGGAGGAAACAUCCUCCACAGCUUUAACAUUCCUAUGCAGCUUACUAUCCAUGAGAUAGAGAAUAGGACCAAGGUAGGAGUCCUACUGAAUUAUCAGAUGGGAAAUCUGAUCAAUGACUGCAUAUAAAUAUGAAUAUGUUGCAUCCGUAUUCUGCUGUUAUUAUAAAAUGAAGGCAAAAUAAGCUUUGAUGGGCUUUGACAUAUGACACAAUAAUGUGAUCUGGCUAAUGAAAAUUGUGGGAUUGAUGAUGCACUUCUUGUACUUAUGAAAAUACACAUUAACCUUAAAGAUGAAAUGUCAAUGGUUCCUCUGUCGAGUACAGUCCACAGAAAAAAAUAGAUUCCUAUGAUGAUUUAAAGCAGAAACACGUGUUCAAAUUUCAGUGUUGCUUUUUUGUUACAUUUUCUCUCGCUAUUCCUCUGCAACAUUUGUUAACAGGGCUGUCAGUCCUGACAUCAUAUCCUGUCUUUAUAACACUUUGAAACCUUUUUUAAGAAAUACUAACCUGAUAUGUAUUUUAGUUUUGUACAAGAAGUGUCCUGUCUGUGAACAUAGAAGGUGAGCUCUGUACUGAAGCCCGUCACUAGGGGGAGCUCUCAGUGUUUUGACUUCACUUUCAGUUGCAAAGCUUUUAGAUUCAACUCUAAACUUGUACUUCGGUUUACUUUAUGAUAUUUAAGACUAUUACUCUAAAUAAUCUCAAACUAUAGCUGAUAUUUUCACAAAAGAAAACUUUGAUCUCCUACUUGUAAGUAUGAUAGUUGUUUCAUAAGGGAGCUCAGUAGCUUCUGUUGGUGUGUUUUUAUAAAAUUGCGUCAAUUCUCCAGAUUAAAAAUCACAAUAUCUAGGAAACUAUCUGGUGGAGUUGUGGAGUGUGUGUUUUUAUUAGUGUGCAUUAAAUCAACAGAACACAACAUUUUGCCUAUAGCAGUAAGCUAUUUGUCUCGUCUCUGUGAUGAUGUUGCUGCUUGCCAGAAAAAUCUUAAAAACUGUUUAUUUUUAAGAAUGAACAAUUAAGUGAUGCAAGUAAAUAUAAUGUGUUUUUCAGGUUAAAAUUGAAGCUGGUUUUGUCUUUGAUUUUAGGUUCAUUCAAAGUUCCGUUUCCCUUUCUACUAUGAGAUAUGUUGGUACGUUCUGGAGAGAUACCUGCACUGCCUGACAAAACGCUCCUACCUAUCACAGGAGGUCCGUAAAGAGCCUGUAAUAAUGGGUGAGUUUGUUUUUUUAAUAUCUUCUGUGAGUCCCCGGAUACUCCUACUGUAGCUGUAAUUAUCUCUCUUAAGUUAUUAAAUCUCUUAUUAAGUGUAUUAAUGAAAAACCUUUCGGCUGUCAACAUACCGAGCUGUAUUCCAACAGGCUUUGCAGCCACAUUUAAGGCUCGUCAACCUUUGUCUAAAGCAGGACCUGCCUGAUUCCAUCUUUGAUUACUAUGGAAGAAAAGAUCAAGAGUGUGGACAAACUCAUUAAGUAAUUUGUUCUCACUGUUUUUCUAAUUUUAUCCCAUAGACAAUGAGACAAAGGCAAACACAGAGAGCCCCUUCUCUGAUUCCAGGAGCCAGGACCUGAAUGAGGACUCGUGUGAGAUUCAGGUCAGGGAUGAGCAGAGUGACAAACUAGAGAGAGCCACUCAGGGUGGCCCCUGUUCUCCUGACAACCGGAGGGGCCAACACCUUAAAGCUGUUCUCUCUGUGGACUCUGAGGACAGCUGUAAUCCCGGCUCCACCUCUAUAGAUUUCCCCCAAACCCCCUCUGACUCACCAGCUUCAGAAUCUUUAAACAAAUGGACGCAUUUGACCGAGUUUGAACUGAGUGGACUGAGGGCGCUGGUUGAGAAGCUGGAGUCACUUCCUGAAAACAAAAAAUGUAUUCCAGAUGGAAUAGAAAACCCGCAAGGUCUGCUGGAAGACAUGAAGGUAGAUGAAAAAAAAAAAAAACCUGAACACAGUAAACAGUUCAUACAGGUGUAAAGAAAAGUGAGAAACAGAGAAUUCAUUAUCCAUUUUUUUCUGUCAAGGCUUUAUUAAAAGAGCACGCUGAUGACGACCCCAGACUAGCGAUCACUGGAGUGCCUGUGGUGUCCUGGCCGAAGAAAACCUUAAAGGUAAGACUGUAACAGCUGCGGUGUUAGACAUUUUCCUGUCCUCUGUACUAUUGUCCUCGUCCUACAUGUACUUUAAACUGACUGACACACUUAAUUUUUAGCUGAUGAAGAAAUUUUGGAAUAAUUGUUUUUUAUUUAAUUGGUUUGAGUUGUAGUGAAAGCUCCUGUGAGAAACUUAAAGUUUGUGUUUACUUUUGGCACCCUCGUCUGGACCGAUUUCUUUGCUGCUCUGCAUGUGUGCAGACAUGUUUUUUGAAAGACAGAUCUAUAUUUCUUUUCUGUUAAUAACUGCAUUUUAAAAGUGCACUUCAUACCUUUUACCAUUCAUAUUAUCUUAGUUUAAACAUCUUUGGAGCCAAACAUGAUGUUGGAUAAAAGUCAAACACAAGUCUUUUAAAUUUAUCCAAGAAACUUGAGGAAAAAAAUCCCACUGUCUGUUUCAUUUGUUUAUGAAAGUAACAAAGUAUGUUUUCAUUAAAUAACACAUUGAUAAGUCUAGUUAAAGCUCCUGUGAGGUACUAUCUGUUUACGUGAACUCUCUCGCCCCCACCUUUUUUCCCUUACAUAUUAAAGUCGUCUUUUUAACGAGGAGUACCAUCCUGAAUCUCACCAAUAUUAAACUUCUUUUCUACGCGAUGAUACAGAUUGCAUUCAGGACCGUAAUCCAAACACAUUUUAUGUGCAGCUCUGUCUUUCUUUUCUCUGUUAUUACAAUUUGGAGUUUAGUAUCCCACAAGCUACUGUAAGGCUUGUAAUCAUGGGUGUAGUGGCUGCACUGAUGGUAAUGAAGAUGCACGGUCAUGAUGAAGGGAUAGCAAGAUUCUAGGUUAAAUGCUGUGAUGUAAUAAAACACCUUUUCAUGGAUUUUGGACCUGUAUACCGGUGACACCAGUAUACAAUAUAAAAGGUGCUUUUUUUAUACAAAAUAUUGCAGUAAUCAAUCUUGUCUUGUUUGCUUGUGUGGAUCAAAUAGUAGCAUGAGCAUCAAUGUCAGUUUGUUCUGAUAACCAGCUAAAACUUCUCAGUGGAGCUUUAAUUCUUUUAUUAUAUAUGAAACAUUAUUGUAUGAAAUUGAAGGUAAUUGAACACAUGAUUAGGGUUUAAAAAGACACAGUAUCCGUCCAGUAUCUGUGAAAAUAAUUUGUCCAGAUGUAAAGUUUGUAAUAAGUAGAGAAACCUUAACAGGAGCUGAAAUCUAUAGAUUUGCCGUAUAUGAAUGUAUGGAGGUAAUUUCUUUACAUUUAAGAGCCUCUGGAUCCCCCUUGCCGUCCCUCUAAAGGCCAGCUGCUAGUUUUUUGGGGGCCUCUUUGUGUUUGCCUUUUGUAAUGAGAUGCCAUCUGGCUCCACUGGCUGUGUAGAGCCUGCUUUCAUCUCCCUGUGAUGCUCAUCAUGAAUAUGACAACACUUUUUCUGCAUAUUUCCUCCUCAUUGGAUAAAAGCUGACCCCCCCUCCUUGUUUCAUAUUCUAAUCUGGAGCCGCCUCCCAUUGGCCCUGUGCCCCUCAAAACCCCUCCUCUUUUCCAGGGAGUAGAUCCAUAUUAAUGAGACAGGCUCGUCUGUGUUUCCUACAUCUGCUUGUGGUAUUGUGGAGCUGUAGAGUAGGAGGGAGGGCUGUAGGCUAGACAGCGGUAGCAGGAGUACAAGGAGGAGGAGGAGGAGGAGACUGCAGCCAUGUCAGUUUGCUGUGUGCUGGACGUUGUGUGAAAAACCAGCCAUGGCCAUGUCGCUGAGCGCUGAUGAUGAGGACUACGACUCAGACUCUGAGCAGGUUAGCACACCAAACCCCUGCAGGCAGAGCAAGGCCACCAGAGGAAUGCAUGUACCAGACAGAGCGGCGUGCAGCAUCACAGGGCAGUGAGGAAAUGGAGCUACCUGGAGAGAAAUGCAUUGAUUUAGUCUUCCUCUUUGCUUCUUAGUCUUUCUUAUGAUUUUGCUGUUUGUGUUUGUGAGCCUGUGCGUCUCUUAGGCAUGCUUGUGUGUUUUUGUCAGGUAAAACCAGCAAUGGGAGAAGACUGUGUUUAUAUAGCUCAGAGCCUAAGGGCUGCUAUUGGUUGUUUCAAAGCAGAGAGGCAGAGGUAUGGGAAUUCACGUAGAUGCAGAGGAUGAAUUUUUCAUGGCCUGAUUGUAAAAGCAUCGGAAAAAAUUAUAGAAGUCAAACAAAUAAGAUAUGUGUGCUAGUUGAAUGCUUUUGAGAAAAUGUCGCCAUUUUUAGAUCUUAUUUUCGAAGAUGUGACCUGCUUCCACAGCGCGGUUUGUGUUUUUGUGAAUUUAAAUAUUUCUCGGUCUUAACUCUGAACCACACCCCCCUUUAAAUUUAAUCUGUGGCUGCUUUUGAAUUUGAGUGCUUUUUAGCUGUUUUUGACAGAUAACAUAAGACACACAUAAAUCUGCUUCCUCCAGUCAAGCGAUUGUACACCAUGUCUAUCUCUUUGAUAUGUCAAUAUCAGGGAAAACAUUAAACUUUCUAAAUUGUGUUAUACAAAAUAUUUAGUUAUUAAGACUCUUUUUUUGCUGCGGCUUUCAAUUCAAAUGUUUAGAGAAAAACUCAGAAUCAGGUUGUGGAUGAAUUUUAAACUUCAAAACAUCUACUUGGAUAGUUUGUUAUUAAUAAUUGUAAAGCAUUAAAAGCUGUGGAUCAGCUGUGUUUUCACGCUGACCGGCUGUUUUCAAUUCUCAGCUGUGGUGGAACUAUUUUCUCCAGAGGGUUAAUUUGUGCGCAACACGUGUUUCACUUCUUUGUCACAUCAGGUCACCGAAUAACACGUACGACAGAAAUCUCGUGUCACUUUAAAAGCUUAACAGGAAAAUAAACCCCCCAAGAAAAUGUUAAACUGAAGUGAAAAGUUUGACUUAUGUGAAGAGAAAUCAUCAAUUUGGUCAAAUAUUUCCGAAUAUUCAUGAACAUGUGUUUGGUUUUUGUUAGUUUGGACCUCGGUUUGCUCUUUUCGUUGAUAAACAGCAGGACCUGUCAUUUUAUCCUCAGAACACACUGUCUUGAAUCUGUGUUUGAGGUGAUGUUAAGUGUAUCCAGAGUAAUUGAUUUUCAAUGUUCUCCACAGUAGCUGAAGAGGCUCCAAGGCUGUGUCAGUGAGCAUUAAGUGUCUGAUUCUCAUUAUGUUCCCUGGCUCUGUGGGCUUUGAAGAGCCAAGAAAUUACUGGUUGUUAUCUGUACUCUCUAUUUUUGACAGAGAGGAGAGGACACAUGUACAUACUAUAAGCUUUUAUGCAACUAUUACUAUUGAGGCUUGCAGGGCUGCUGAUUUACUCAGGGUUGUGGUCAACCUCUCCUGUCAUGUCUUAAGGAACUACUCACUUAGCAGACAGACUGGGGGGGUUAGAGGGGAUUUAAGGAGCAAUAUGGACAAAUAUCUUCAGUAUGUUUCCCUCCUAAACCUGCAGUUGAAGUGACAGGUGUGAUCAGAUGCUGAUUAAGGUUUAUGGAUGUAACUCUGACCACUUGUCUCAUGCAGAAGCUUAGUUUCAGGUGAUGGUGCUUUAAAAUGCAGAGAGAUAUUUUUCUUUUUCAGGGUUAUUUAGACUGAUUUUAGUGUUCUUGUGGAACAGACCCCCUGUCAAUAAUCCCCUGAAUACCCCCAGACCAGUUCAGUGCAGAUUGAAGAAUCCCCACCCCCCUAAUAUCUGACUCUAAUCCUGUCUGGUUAGCACAUAUCUGACUGCCUAUGUCAGUCUAUUUCAUGGCUAUUGUUGGAAUAAAUGACUGUAAUGUGCCAAAGAUUGAGCUUGCUUUCUUUUUCUAUCAGAGAGUCUCAUUACAGUUCUUAUUGGUUACAAGUCUGUGUGUCAUAGACUGUUCUGUUAGGGAAUGGGACGUGGCUGUUGCUAUGCUGACGCUAGGAAAAUCUGCACUGCCGAUGUAACUAAAGAAAUCUUCAUUUCUAAGAGCUGCAGUCUUGUGCACUCCUUGUUCUUUUGCAUCCUCACACACUGCCACACAUUUUCUCACAUGGCUCUCCUCGCAGCAUUUUGACACGGGGGGGCUUCAUCUGAAAAAUACAUUGUUGUGGUUCUCAUUUGGAGCCAGAGAGGAAGCAGAAUACAGUAUCACACAAGAAAAAAAAAAUGAGGAUGGAGAUCAAAGGCCUGCUUUUAUGAAAUGGAGCACAAUUGAUGUGAACUGUUAUGAAUUAGUCUGCACGCCUUCUUGUACAGAAUAAAGGGUGUGCUGGUGAUACAUGUGUGAAAUGCAGCCAUAAGUGCAGCUUCUCUUUGAAGGAAAAAAAAAAAACGCAGGCGAGUGGAGGGCUAAAUUUGGAAGAUGCCUUCAGGGACAUUCUUGAUGUGUUUGUUUUCUCCUGAAUCCUACUGCUUUAAUAGCCAUGAAAAAUAUGUGUAUGCACUCUGCACAUCGUGUUUUAAUCACAUUUUUCUUUAAGGAAAGGGAUUAUACUAAUACACGUUUUUUCUUUUUUUUCUCAUAAUAAUAAUAAUACUGUGUGUGAGUUAACACAGAGCAAAGAGAAAAUAAGCAGAACUGCCCACGUCCACCAUAACACUGACCCAUGUUAGGUUCAAUAGCAUGCUUUCGAAUUACAUAAUAUGAAUAUAAGGGUUCAUUAUCCCGUCAUAACACCAUCAUUUAAUGUAAUGUAAUAUAAUUAUGAAUACAGAACUGCUGGUUAUGUAUUAAGAAGCUUGACUUAAAGAUAUUAUCACUAUUAAGACUCAGCUGACUCACGCGUUAUCUAAUAAGACACUGUACAUACCUAAAGUUCUACGCUAGUGUUAUAAUAAAAUGUGCUUGUACUUGUAAUAUCCUACUUUGCUAUAUUGUACUGCCAACACAGUGAUUUUUGCAGCAUAUAUUAAAAAGAACACUUAACCAGAUAUCUAAUCUUUUAAUGCCUGUUUGUGAAAUAUUUGACUCAAUCAAAUAUCCUCUUAAUCCUUUUAGCCCAGGCCCCCCAACCGGCCGAAACCUAAGAUGGCAGCGUCUCCUGCAUCAGCAGUCAAGCUGUCAGCCAGUCGGGGAACAUCUGGUGCCAGGAGGAGAAGGACGCGUUGCCGGAAGUGUGAGGCCUGCCUGCGGACCGAGUGUGGAGAGUGCCACUUCUGCAAAGACAUGAAGAAGUUCGGUGGACCGGGCCGCAUGAAACAGUCCUGCAUCAUGAGGCAGUGCAUUGCAGUGAGUAUAUAGUAAAUACUGAAUUUUUAAUGUGAUGUACAAACAGAGUAAGAACAUCUGCGCUACAUUUGGGGCAUAAGCAGGCACAUUUGUUUUAUUGUCAAGGGUUUGAUUAGAUUAAAGAUCAGAAUCAGUUUUAUGCCUGCAUGUGAAACAGGAGGCUAAGGUCAGUGGGCGGUUGGUCUAGCUUAAGACUGAAAUCAGAGGGGCACAGCAAGCCAAAGGUGGGAAAAAAUCCACCCACCAGCACCUCUUGCUCUUUAAAGAACAUCUGGUUUGUUUGAGCUACACAAGAACAUUUUAAAGUUUUGCACGAGCAGUUGAUUUUCUCCAGCUGUGAAUUAUUCCAUCUUCCACUUUGCAUAUUUUCACUUUACGCAGAAGAUGACUUUCUGUUUGAUUUUGUUUGUUUGUUUGUUUCUUCAUUCACAUAAUCUUCCAAGUCAAGCCUAAGAUCAUUUUCUGACCCCUCUCUAUCGUGUCCCUUUCUGUUUCACCCUUAAACGGGCUGAAAUGAUCUUUGACAUACUCCAUCCAUCCAUCCAUUUCCUACACUGCUUAUCCGUUUCGGGGUCACGGGUGGGCCGGAGCCAAUUCCAGCUGGGUACACCCUGAAUCGGUCGCCGGUCGGUUGCAGGGCCACAUAGAGAGACAAACAACCAGUCACGCUUACACUCAUACCUAAGGACAAUUUAGAGUCGCCAGUUAACCCAAUGAGCAUGUUUUUGGUCUGUGGGAGGAAGCUGGAGUGCCGGAGAGAACCACACAUGCAUGGGAAGAACAUGCAAAUUUCACACAGCAAGGCCCUGCCCGAGCCGGGGAUCAAACCGGUGACCUUUUUUCUGUGAGGCCACUUUGACAUACUCUUAACUUAAAACUAUUAGUUGUGAUCUGACAUAGUGCUGGACGAUAAUUCGAUAACAAUAUAUAUCGAUCGAUAGACGUGUGGAGCGAUAGAAAAAAAACGGGUCGAUAAAAAGUUCGAUAGAAAAACACAGUUUCCCUUUCUUUUUCAUCAUAGCCUAUCAUGUAGCUUUUACUACAGUCAUUACUUCCUCCCAACCAAUCACAAACGCAGACCCAGGUACGCUACGGCACCAAGCCCAGCCCCUAUCAAACCACAACAGACAGCACGUGUAUUAGAAAUAAUGUAACAGCAAGGAGAAGCGGAGGAAAUUGUCCCGAAAAAAGGUUUCAGUAGUUCACCAACAUGGCAAUGUUUUGGUUUUUAGAAGUCUGACAAAAAGCAAACAGCGGUCGUUUGCAAAAUUUGCAGAGAAUUAGUAAAAACCAAGUCCGGUAACACAACCAACUUGUUUUACCAUCUAAACCGGUCGCACCCGCAGGAGUACGAGCUGUGUCGGCCGCGCCGCGGCUCCACGUCGUCGUCGGAGGAAUCCUCUGGAACCGCUGUUAGCACCAGCACAAAGCAAGUGAAGCAGACCAAACUGGACUUCGUUUCUUGCCAAAAUACGACAAAGCGUCCAAGCGGCAUAAGGACAUCACCCAUGCAGUAACAUGCUCCAUAGCGAGGGACAUACUGCCAAUAACUACCGUUGAAAAGCCUGGCUUCGACCAGCUUCUAGCCACUCUCGACCCGCGAUAUGAAGUGCCCGGCCGCAAGUAUUUCUCAAACACAGCGCUUCAGGCAUGAAAAUGGGUCAGGGGUUGAAAAGGUGAGAAGGGUGCGGAGGAAAUACGCUCCGGUGUAGCUUCUUAAAGUGGAAGAAAAUGAGCUCAUAUUUUACAAAGACGCGAGUAUUUGGAUCAUGGCUACUAGCAGGGGGGGCAUUCGGCAGGGGUGCAUUCUACGACACAACACCGGCGUGGAUAAGUCCUGCUUCUCGUGCUUAGUUUGUUUAAUAAGUCAAUCACAUGAUAAUUAAAAAAAAUAAAUCUCCCGACCCCAGGAGAAAUAUUUCAGUGUUCAGACACCAGGCUGUGGGCAGUUUCCCACACAGUUAAAACUGGUAGUAUGCUAUUCCCACCUAAAGCUAUUCUGUUUAUUUAUAUAUUUGUUUGUUUUGUUUAUUUUCAUCAAAAGACUAUUUAAAUAUUUAUUUAUCAGAUUUUCUGGUCACUUUAGUCUUUAUGUUUGUCAGUAUUUACUGACGUCACUCAGGCCACUUAAGUUGAUUUAUUUUUUUUUUAAGUUCUUUUUAAAAAAAACUUUCAGUUGUGGUAAAAAAAAAAAGGUGGUUGAAUAAAGGUUUGAAUUUGAAUUCAGUGCUUGUGUGUUCUUUAUUAAAAGUAGGUCAUUAAGCAAUAGCAUAAAACAUCCAGGGCUGCAAUUAAAAUAUAUGUUAAAUAAUUAUAAUAAUUAUAUCGAUAAUUAUCGAUAUCGAUCAAUAUGAUUUAUUUUUUAUCGAUAUGCUUUUUUUCUAUAUCGUCCAGGCCUAAUCUGACAGAGAGUUGACAUGUCUGGGUGUUCGAUACAGCAGAUAUCAAUAUCUAGGUUAAGACAUCCUCUUCCAGGAGCUGUAUUUUGUUUACAUUUUCAUUAAUAACUAUGAUCCCAAGUGUGAAGUUAGAGAGAAGAGAAGGCAUCUACAACUUAAUUUCUGCGUUCAAGUUCUGACGUGUUUGCAAAGAUUAUUUCAAAGCUAAGAGAAGAAAACAGAACACUUACGAUGCUCAAAUCUUCUCCCUCGCCUACAGAUUCUGCAUUUAGAUGCAGAUGCCUGUUUAUAAAAACUCAACAAGGACUAAAUGCACUUGACAGCCUGCUAAAAAUAGUUUCAGUAAUGCUGUCUGUGUGUUGAUAGCUAUAGAAGACAUUGGCUGACCACUGUGCACAGAUUAACAAUUCUUUCCUUGCAAGAAAAAAAGGUUAAUUUUUUUUUUUUUUUAAUUAACAAACCACAAACAUCCUCAAUGACUCAUUCAGUUCAUCUUGUGCCCCGUGAAAUGCUGCUCUUCUUAUGGCGCUCUUAUAAAACAGUCCGACUUAACAGGUUUCAUAUUGUGCUCACCGUUUUUAUUAAAAAUACAAAAACAUUUCGACACCCUUCUGAGCAGUCAUAUUUUCAUUUUGUUCCAGGACUAAGUUUCUCACAGCAGCGCUCAAGAGUCGACUCUGUUUGUCCUUAAGCGCACUAAUGGAUCCUUCACUACAUCAAUAAGAUUCAGCCUUCUCUACAAGUUUGUUUUCAUAGCACUGUUUACUAUACAAUGGCUACACAGAACAUAGAAAUCAAUGUACACUUACAGUAUGAUUCACCAUAAACUGAGCUUGAAUGUUUCAGCACCAUGGACAGAGACACGUAAAAGACUUUGAAAAGUCCCGUUUGGUUAAAAAGGUUCCUAUAUGACCGCGAGUCUUUCAGUGUCAGCCAUGAUGAGAGAAGAAGGUGAAGGAGCUCCUUUAUUAUCUGCUUAAGCUCAGGAUACACUUGACCAUCCUUUACGAAAGGAGUGGACCUAUUUUUCUUUGCAUCAACUACAUUCAAAGCUACACCCCUCUCUCAUGCUGACAACAACAGAUUAGCAUGACAGCAGGUGAUUUGAAGCUACAUCAGCAGAUUAAACAACUAUUUUUAUUGAAGCAAACAUGAUUUGUAGUCCAUACAACAAAACUGGAUUCAUUUCACUGCAUUAAAACAGUAAAAUAAGGGUUAGAAUAUAUAUAUUUUUAUGGCUUGAUGAGGUUCACAGUGAGAAAUAGGCUUUGAGACCUUACAGAUGUUUUCUCAGCAGCUGGAGGCUGUCUCUUCCUGAGCGGACGUUUAGCCUCAUUAGCGCUGAUUGAUGUCACACUUGUUUCCACGGUCUACAGUAUGUCUCUGCAUGAAUCAACGCUGUGCUAACCGCAGUUUAUUUGUAGUAAAUUGUAGUUGUAACAGAUUCUUGUGAAAUCAGUAACAAAUGCUGCUUCUCUUUUCGUAACUCUAAUAUACACUUUAGUUUAAUCCUGUGAUGUUUAGAGAAUAGGAGGGAAAGGACUCCGAGAGUAAUUUGGUAAAGAUGUCUGGAUGUACCCUUGGUUUUACUUUUUCUGUGUGAGAGAGUGAAAGAGAACCACAAUCUUUUCCAUUUUCUCACACAUGAGAUAUUUUGCUAUUUAGCUGCUGUGCCCCAAUUUGAAGAUAUGGCUGCGUGCUUUGAUCGCAGGGCUGUGCCAUGUAUUUAACUCAGCGGGGAUGAUCUACUACAAAUCAAAUUAAAGUUUCACUUUGAAUUGUUGAGUGUGUUGACUCAACGUUGAGUGGAUUAAAAAAGUCCUGAUUUGCUCAUAUUAUCAAGUCCUUCUGUUUUUUUUCUCUGCAGCCCGUCCUGCCCCACACAGCGGUGUGCCUGGUCUGUGGAGAAGCAGGGAAAGAGGACACGGUGGAGGAUGAGGAGGAGAAGUUCAACCUGAUGCUCAUGGAGUGCUCCAUCUGCAAUGAGAUUGUCCAUCCACACUGUCUGAAGGUAACAAAUACUCCAAAAUCAAUGUGUGAAAGGCGACACCAUAACUCACUCUCACUCUGUGUUUCAUUGUUGUUUUGUGCUUUAACAGUCCUUGGACAUGAUUUAACAAAUCCUCACAAAAAGGUGUAUUUCUGUCUAAUUUGUGGCUGCGAUGUAAGCAUAUUCAGCAUCUGAUAAACCUUUACAGCAGCUUAUUACACCAUUAGCUUUUGGACUCGGCUUGAUCCUAAACUUGAGACAUUCAGUCAGUGAAGGAGAGACCAGUUUGUAAGUGGGCGUUAUGGGACAUCACAGCCAGGCAGAGGAAAAGGUGGAGCUGUUGAUGGUGUUGAUAAAGGUGUUUACUAAGAAUAAAGCAGCAUAAUGCACAGUAAACAGCUGAAAAAAAAUGUGUUUUUGCAGCUUGUAGCAGUUUUACAGUUCAUAGGUGUUGAAGUUGUAUUCAAGUUUGAUCUACACAAACAACAACAUCUGUUAACCAUCACUUGGUGAUCAGACUGGAUAAUUCAUAAAGAAUGCCUUGACUUUAUACAUGUAUAUAUAUUUAUUUUUUUAUACUGUAUUUUUAUAGAAACACUCAACUGAACAUGUUGAAGCAAACAAUUGGUCACCUAUACAUUCAUACUGUUGUUGUUAUCACUAAUAGAAAUACAUGUCAGAUACAUCAGGUUGUGAGUUCACAAACACAAUCCAUUUUUCCCACUAUUGCAGAAGUUUAUCCACUUAGUGAGAAGGUCAUUCUCUUCAUAUUCUGUACAGUAUUCACUAUAUCUGUCCAGUCGCCAGUAGAAUCUUUAACAAAUACCUGUCUUGCACCGAUAAGCAAGCUACAAUCUUUCCCAAAUAGAUUGCUGUAAAGGAGCAGUCAACUUCAACACCGAAAGCCCUCUGUAUUGCCUGUGUCACCCCCUGCCAAUAUGACUGAAUGACUGGACAUCCCCAAAAUACAUGAAAAUGACCUGCCAGCUGUUCCUCCGGCAUAGACCCCCUUCCAUAUCCCCCAUCUUGAUUUUAUGUUUUUCUGAUGUUCUCUUAUAUUUUAGCUAAAAUGUCUUCUCCUAUCAUCGUGUGAUGUUUCCUAUAAAUGCAUUUGCAAUAAAAAGAUAAAUAUUGGGUCAGAAUUCAGCAAAAUUUACCCCUUUGAAAAAGCUUUGAAGCCUCAGUAAAUCUGGACCUCGUGUGAUGUUUGUGUUCAGGUGAAAGAUUCAAACGGAGUCGUCAACGAUGAGCUGCCAAACUGCUGGGAGUGUCCAAAGUGCAACCACGCUGGGAAAACAGGGAAAGUAAGCAUCUGUAGGACUUCAUUGUGUGUGUGUCUGAAUCAUCGCAUGAUUGAAACUGUCCACUUUGUCUCUGAAGUUCAGGAUAAGAGCAAUAAAGUUCUGUUCUUUUUCUUUAACCUUUUGGCCUCAAAGCAAAAAAGAGGGCCAGGGUUCAAGUACGCAUCAAACCUCCCCGGCUCUUUAUUGAAAGAACCGCGGCUGAACCGGGACCCAAAAGAGGAACCGGAUCCACCAAUGUUAGCUACAGCGACUGUUACAGCUCUGACUCCCUCGUCUGCUGUGAAGAGAAAGGCAGAGCGGGAAGAAUGCCCGAAGAGGAAAGAGGACGAGCCUCCAAAGAAACGACCCCCUCUGCUGUCUCUGGAUGGUACGCCCCGACCUCGGCUGGAGGACAACCCACUGAGGAAAAAGAGGAAACUUUUCGACACCAGUGAUGAACCUGUUAUUGUAAAAAAGAAGGUAUGAGCACUAUCUAUUGGUAAGAGAUGAUCAUAUAUGCUGAUAAAGUAGAGGCAUAACAACUCUUUUAUGUAUGAACUUGAUGGUUUGGACGGUUAACUUGAUAAUCUUGAGCUAUUCAAAAUAACUGGUUUAGUAAAGUUGCAUUUUUGUGAGAAAACAAAAGGCCAAGACAACUUGACCCGCUCUACUUGUGAAGCCUGUUAAUUCCCUCAAGGGUUUAUUCAACCACACCAGGAAAUGGUCAAACUGAAUAAUUUGACGGCUUUGAAAUAAAUGAUUGUUUUUAUUUUGUUUUUCGUAGAAGAAGCUUCCAAAACCAGAGGAUCCUUUGACCCCAAAGCUGUUGCGACAAAUCAAGACAGAGAAUGAUCACGUUGAGGACGAUGAUGACCAGGAUGAUGAGGAUGGAUUUUCUUUGGACAGGAUUCGUUUUAAGCCGAAACAUGAGCGAGAUGACGAGGACCCAGAAGAAGAUGAGGACAGAGAGGAGAAAGAGAUAGUAAAGAGGGAAAGAGACAGUAGUGUCGAGGAGAAAACGAAGUUCCUGUUAAAUCCUCUGCUGAGAACAACAGGCGGUAGAGAAAGUGAUUUGUCCACCAGAGCCGGACCAAGUGGUGAAGCAGUAGACGCUCCAGAGAAGAGCUCAGCUCAGCAAAAGAACCGCCAUCAGCGCCGCCACCUCUCCAACAAAGAGCUGAGCAAAGAGGUCAAGCAGGAGAUUCCUAAAAGAGAGGACUGUCUGUCCAACCAGAAAAGCGUCUUAGUGAAGACAGAGGACAGCACGGCCAAUCACAAUCGACGACCGCUGAAGAGCGAGGACUCUGUGACCAAUCAGAACCGUAAACCACUGAAAACAGAGGACUCGGGCACCAAUCAGAGCCGAAGGACCAUUAAAACUGAGGAAGGCUUGUCCAAUCAAAACAGACGGCCGCUGAAAACUGAAGACAGUCUGGCCAAUCAGAACCACAGACCGGUAAAAGUGGAGCCCGAGAAUGAUGUCGACGACCAAAAGCCGAGAUGGCCUCUCAACAAUGGCAGUGGCGAUCUUGGCGACUGGCUGAGACACAGAGGGAGGGAGGUGACUGAGACUCAGCGUGGUUACUCACCCCUCAGCUGGAACAGAAACCCACCCAUCACACCAAUUUGUCCCCGCCCACUUCCCUGCCGCUCACCGCCAAAAUGCAUCCAAAUGGAACGUCACGUGAUCCGUCCGCCUCCCAUCAGCCCCCCGCCUGACAGACUACCUCUGAAUGACGGCGAGGCACAUUUGAUGCGAAGAGAGAUGUGGAUGAAGGUGUUCGGUCACCUGACGCACAGAGAUCUGUGUGUGUGCAUGCGUGUGUGUAGGACGUGGAACAGAUGGUGAGUACAGGAUGCACCACAGAGCUGAAAAGACACCGUCCACACUUCAAACCGGUCUGUUCAUGCCUGCUGCGUGUCUCACCAGGUGCUGCGACAAGAGGCUCUGGAAGCAGAUCAAUCUGAACCGCUGUAAAUCCAUCACUCCUCUCAUGCUGAGUGGAAUCAUCCGGAGACAGCCGGCAGCUCUGGACCUUAGCUGGACCAACAUCUCCAAGAAACAGCUCAGCUGGCUUAUUAACAGACUACCAGGUAAAUGUCUUUAAUCUCACUGCAGAAUCAUUUCAAUUAGUCCUCGGAGGAAGAAUAAAUAAACACAACAGAAGUAACAAAACUGGAAUAAAUUAACUAAGACAGAAGGGAAAAGACACAAAGUUUAAAUCUCAUUUUUUUAAAUGAUGGUUUACUAUAUGAUAUAGGAAACAAUAUGAUAUGAUGGGAUAAAAUAAGACAGAAAAUGAUACAAAGCAAUAAGAUAAGAAACAACAAGAAAGGAUUUAAUGCAAUAAGAUAUGAUACGAUGGGAUACAAUGUUAUAUAACAUGAAACAAUGGUGUGGCUCAACAAAAUACAGUACAAUAAAAUGAUCAAGUACGAUACAGUACGAUGCGAUGCGGUAUAAUUUGUUAUGAUAGGAUACAGUUUGUUUUGUUUUGAUACGAUGCGAUACGAUUUGUUACGAUACAAUAUGACGUGAUAUGAUACUGCUGAUGCAGUACUACAUUUUAUGGUCUCCCGAUGAGUAUUUGUUUUGGACUUAUGAUGUGACGCGAUAUGAUUUGUUACAAUACCAUACGAUUCCUCAUGAUAUGAUAUGAUACGUUCGGAUUUGAUACAAUACAAUACGAUUAGUUAUGACAUAAUACGAUACACUAUAAUGCAAUACUGCUGGUACAACACUACAUUUUAUAGUCACCCGGUGGAAAUUUGUUUUGGACUCAAGAGUUGCAUGUAUUCAUUAAUCUCUACAGUUUUAUAAAAUGAUACACCUUUUAUUAUUAUUAUUAUUAUUAUUAUUAUUAUUUUUAAAUUAUUAUUAUUAUUAUUAUUAUUAUUAUAUUUCUAACAUUUAUAUUUUAUAUAAACACAGUAUAUAUAAAAACAGUAAAACAAAUAUUAUGUAAGUGGAGAAGCACAAAUUAAAAGCCACAAUGUGUGUUACACUUUACCUGUAUUUUACAUGUCUUACAUUCGCUCAGUUUAUAGGUAGCUCUGGUAAUUUCAUGACAACUUCUACUUCUAGCCCUCCCGUUUUAACAGAAACAUUCACACUUUUUACUUCUUACUUCUUCUUUACUGUAGCGUUAAUGCAUUUUGGAGUUGUGUUUUGUGUUCCACUUUCCUCACAUUAAGUCCUGUUACACAGGCGAUUCCCUCGAGUGUCCGUCAGCUCUCUAUCUCAUGCAGCAUGACCUUAACAACCAAGAUGAUGAUUCCAGACAAAACAAGUGAGAGAGGUUUGAUCGGCUGCAGACAAAAGGCUUCUAGCAAGUGUGCUGUGUUUGACUAACAGCAAGAAAUUAUCGCCUCAUAACUUAAAGUGAACCAGCCAGCAUUUGUAACAGUGUUGGAGUCGACUCAGAUCUGCACAUUGAAGCAAAACUAAGCUCAUCGUUCUUGUGGUCGUGAAAACAAGUACUUUGCAAGUUAUUUGCAGCAGUAAAAAGUAGGUCUUCGAUUAAAUAAAGAACAUAUUUUACCCAAUGCUGUAAAAUCAAGUGCAGUUCAAGUCAUUUAAUGAAUCUCUUUUAUCAACAUAUUUGCUUGACAAUGACUCCAAAUCUGCAUAAACUCAAGGCAGUUGGCUAAGGCAGUUUCAGGUAUUGAUAAAAGUGUGUUUAUCCAGCAUGUUGUUUUCACUCCCAUAUGUUUCCAUAUUGCUCAUCCAUCUGGAUAAUUGUGUCCCCAGAGGUUUGCAGAUUUAGAUGCUUUACUUUUGAAGCUUUUCUUUGUUCCUUCUAAACGUCUCUGCUUGAUCAUUCGGCUAAUUAGAUUCUGCUUUGGUUUAUUUUGUAACCUCAGAUUAACUCAAACUCUGUAGACGGAAAAAGGGAAAAAAUAGGGCACAUUAAAACUGAGUCUGGAGUAGGUUUAGCUUCUGUGUUGGUGCUUGUGGCUGCACAGAAAACAAACCUUUUCAAGAUUUACAGAUGAUCAAGUGUAUCGUAGCAUCAUGCAAACUCAUGAGGACCAGCGUGUGAUCGUUAUUUUUUUUUUUACUGCAGGUUUGCGGGUGCUGCUGCUGUCGGGAUGCUCCUGGGUGGCUGUCUCUGCUCUUUGCACGUCCAGCUGUCCGCUCUUGAGAACUCUGGAUGUUCAGUGGGUGGAGGGGCUGAAAGAUGCUCAGAUGAGGGACCUACUGUCACCUCCUACAGAUAACAGACCAGGUACUCAACGUUUUACUCAACGCUUUGUGGUCCCUCACCUCUUUCGUUGUUAAUUUAAAGAAAAAUGUAAAUGUCUCAUGUUGAAAACUUAAUGUAAAUAUUUAAAGAAGAGGUCUAAAAAAUAAAGGCUGACUCUUAAAAACACGGUUACGUUAUAUCUUAAUGUUAUCGUGACAUAGAGGGGCACAAAUAGUGCAUUCAUUUGGGACUAUUUUCAGACAAGGAUUAAUACUCAGUUAGGCCUCUAGUGGUUGUUUCCAGCCGUAAGAGUGUGAACGUGGGAUUAACUCAAAAUAAACUACAGACCCAUUUUUACCCUAAUGGAUUAAGGAACAUCAAUGCAGCAGUGCGGCUCAUCAAAGACUUUUUAAUCAUUUUUUAACAACAGUGGAGCUCUGCGGCGCUGAGGUAUAAGCUGUGUGAGGCUUUGAGACCGAUUAAACUUGUUAGAGGAGUCCUUUAUAUUAAUCUUUAUUGAAUUCAUGGGAAAAAUUAAACACAAGAAGAACCUAAAAUAUCACAAGACCCAUCUUUAGGCAUCAUACACGGUAAAAUAACUAAAAAACAGGACCAUGAAACUAAAUUAAUUCGUAUGCUCAGACAUUAUUAGCCGCGCAUGUUUUCUUCUCCACACCUCUGAUAAUCCUGUUUCUGUCUCUCUGUAGGUCAGUUGGACAACAGGAGUAAACUACGAAACGUGGAGGACCUGCGUCUGGCAGGUUUGGACAUUACAGACACGUCUUUGCGUCUCAUUAUUCGCUACAUGCCAUUGUUGUCCAAACUGGACCUCAGCUACUGCAACCACGUCACCGACCAAUCCGUCAACAUCCUCACCGCAGCGGGGACGACCACCAGAGACUCGCUCACGGACAUCAACCUGUCAGGUAUGAGGAAGCCUGUAUUUGCACACUGCAACCCAAAAAGCUGUAAUAUUGGCUUCCCUGUCUAUUAUUACAUAUAUAAUAAUAAUAAUGAUAAUAAUAAUAAUAAUAACAGAAAGUAAACAGAAGUUUACAAAGUGCUUUGACAAACAGUCGUAAAGCACAGAACAUCAGCACAUGGAAAUAAAAACAAAAGCUCAGUUAAAAAUAAGCCCUCUGAAUUGAAGGCCAGUUUCAUUUGUCAUUAGGAACCCAGACAAUACAAGAACCCUACAACAUAAAAUGAGAUCAUGAGGACCAAAAUAAAAACAUAAAAAGGUAAGAAAAAGAAAUGUCAUAAAAAAAGGAGGGUAGAAAGCAGGAAACCGGAUAGUAAAUAUAAAAAGACGAUAUUAAUAAUGAUAAUAAAAUCAUAGUAAAAUAAUAAUGACGGCAAUAUUCAUGAUUAAAUGGAAUAACAAAAAUGAGCAGGAAAAUCAAUAAAAGGCCUAAAAGGUUAAAUAGGAAAAGAUAAUAAGUAAAACAGGCCAAAAAGACAGUAAGUCGAAAUAAGAUAGAGGUAAAAGAGAUAAAUGAAAAAAGAGAAAAGACAGCAUCACAUAAACAAGUCUGUAAAAGUUAGUUUUUAAAUUGGACUUAGAAGAAGCGACUGUCUCUGCACGCCGUAUCUCCUCUGGCAGGUCGUUCCAAAGUCGAGGAGCUCUGAUGGAGAAAGAUCUAUCACCUUUAGUUUUCAGCCUCGACUUUGGAACGACCAGGAGGCCUUCGCCAGAGGAUCUGAGGCUGCGAGUUGGUUCAUAAGGUGUUAAAAGCUCUGAAAUGUAGCUUGAAGCAAGUCCUUCGAGCGCUUUCAGUAGUAAUCUACACAUUUACAUGACAAAGGUGAAAGGGGCACGACUUGUCAACAUCCACAUACACACACUCAGACAUGCAUGUACAGCGGUGUCCUGCCCUGCCAGCUCUGACACAACACAUUACCAUCUUCUUUAUUGGGCCUCUGUUACCCUCUCUGUGAAGCAGAGUGACUCCUGAGCAGGUGUGAUAGGGGCAUAAAUAUCACACCUUGAUAUGGCAGUAUGUAAGCACCUUAUGUCAUCUGGAAGUCCAUGUUCAUUUGACCUGCUCCUUCUUUAGGCUGAAUAAGAAAUUUACAAGGUACGGGAAUUGAUCCCUGAGGAUUCCCACUCAACAUCUGAAUCUACAGAUGAAUUAAGGUGAUUUUCUUUAAUUGAAGGAAAGUCCUGACUCUUGCUGAUUACUACACUCUCCUAAAACUAUAACAUAACAUACGGAUAACACCUUCUAAAGUCGAUUUCUUUCAGACGGGGACUGUUUACUCAAUUUCGGAGCAUCACGAGGCUGCAGUCAAACAGAUAAAACUCACAAAAGAUGGAACUCCUCUUGUAACUGAAUUUCCCAGACUGCAUCACCUACAUUUUACUAAGACAGCCUUUUUAUUUCACCCAACUAAAGCAAUCCAUCAAAACUAUCUUGAGAUAAAUCUGAGCUUCCUGAGCGCUUUAAUGGUUAUUUUUAUUGAAUAGUUUUUAGAGAAGCUCCUGGUGUUAUUUCUUGUUGCGCUGUCGGAGGCGUGACAAUCAAAUAAAGAUUGUAAAAAUCAUUUUUUAUCAGAUUCCGUGCCAUUUGUUGCAGAGUGCACCAAUGCUUAAAAUAAUCAGAUCUUACACUCGUCAUCCCUCUGGAAAACCAUUAAAACCCUAAAGCGAUGAAUCAUAAGGCCAUUGUGGAAACAGCUAUAAGGCAAAUGCAUUUUCUGUUGGGGGGAACUUCCUUGUCAUUAUCCUGCUGCACCUCUCACCAUCAUGUUGUUAUGCCCCAGAGUGUCCUGAAAGGCUGAUUAUUCUAACCCUGUGUGUAACAGCAUAUGUCUGAUCCGGUGACCUGUUAGGCUUCAUUUGCUUUUCCUCUCUCUGCAGUCUGUAACAGGGUCACAGACCAGUCGCUGACCUAUUUCAAGCGCUGCGGGAGCAUUUGUCACAUCGACCUACGGUACUGCAAGCAGGUGACCAAGGAAGGCUGCGACCAGUUCAUCGCAGAAAUGUCCGUCAGUGUGCAGUUUGAGCUCAUCGAGGAGAAACUGCUGCAGAAGAUCAGCUAAGAUGAGGAACACAACCACACGUGGUGAAGACACUGUCCACACGGAGGCAGCAGAUGACUGAGGACUGUGUUUCAUGGACGUCUGCAAACUACUAAAUAGACACAAUGACGGUGUCGGUGUCUGUGAGACUGGUGUUCCUGUUUCUGUAAAUGGAAGCUGAGCUGCUCAGCCAGAAUGUAAAAACAGAAAUCUUGUCCUGUGAAGGCAAAAAUGCAAAAAUGAUUUUGUUGUCGUUUGCACUUGUUUCUAAGUUAUUUAUUUCUUUAUAUUGAUUGUAUUGUAUCAUGUUUAUCUUUUGGUGUUGAUAGAUUAUUUUUUCGUUCAAUGCAAAGUUUAUUGCAUUAUAGAGUAAUAUUUUUGUAUCAGAAAGUGUUUCAUACAUUUAAGUGCAGUAUUGAUUGCACCAUUUACCAUUGAAAUUGAUAAUCAAUCGGCAUUACUGUUAAGCUCUUUAUUGUCAAGAGGCAAAGGUCUAUUGAUUUGUUGCCAAACUGUAGGAUGUAGCUUGUGUUUGUGCGAGUGUUUUUAUAUUUUUUAUCAUGUUUCUGACAUUUUUAUUUCCAAAUCCUGACUUCAUGUUCUUUUUGGUGAGAUAUGUCCAAGAGAAGUUAUUUGCACUGACACAGAAAUCACGAAUACAUGAAUGUAUUCACACGUACACUACACACUAUACGGUGUAUAAAGCUUAUUUUUUCAACACUAAGAUGUUCAGCUUAUUCUACUAACAGCUUCUAGUUAACCAGGUUGUAAUUAAACAAAGUCACCAGCCUGCAUCAGCUUUGAGCAGUAAUGGUGCUUUGUGACAGCAAGCGUUCCAGCUCUGCAUGCUGCAAAGAAGUUCACGCCACAAACACUAGGUUUAGUGACUGUUAAACAAUAUGCCAUCUGUUUAUUCCUGUCUUUAGCUUGUGUGUCCACAUGAAAAUUAGUUUAAGAGUUUAAUCUGGCCAAAAAUAAAGAAAUGACAAAGUCAGAGUUUCUGAAUUCAGGAGGGAAAAGGAAAGUUUUAGACCUUUAGACGGGGUCUGUAGGGUGCAAAAAAAAACCUCAUGAUCUCAAAAUGUAUUCUUUUAUUUUAAAAACAUAUCCAACCAGUGUGAGUAUAUCAGUCAUUUAUCUGCGCCAAUCUUGACUAAUAACCCCAAAGCUUAAAUCAUAACAGUAGAUCUGCAGAGUGUUUCAGUACAGUAUAAGCAGGAUCUUUUAUUGUUUAUACCGUGCUAUUAGAAGAUGAAAAACACACCUUUCCUGAGAGAUUUGUGCAUAUAUAGAAUUUAUAAAAUAAUUUUCUUUUAAUUUCUUUUUUUUGUUAGCAGUUCUACUGAAAGAUGUUUAUUCUACACUGGCUGUUUUAGUUAAAGCUCCUGUGAGGACUUUUUUAACCGCUCAUAAAACUGACUGACAUUAACAGUGAUGCCUCUUUAUGGCUGUCAAAAGCAAAUAAGAGAACCAGCUAAAAGAUUUGCUAUGCAUAGAGUGUAACUCUUCAUGCCUGUAACUGCUGCACAGGGGUAGGUGUCAGAGGAGAAGAUUAACAUUUUUUUUACAGCAAAUUUUCACAGUGAACGAGUGCGACAUUUGACUGUUGAAACUCUGAUCAGUCUGAAAACACAACCUACAUAUGCACAUAGGAACAAGACUGGUAAAGAGAACAAAUACAGCUGUCUAUAGUAGAGAGGAAUAACAUUUUUUCACCAGAGGGGGCGCCAGAGUCGACACAGAACAAAGUCACUCACAGGAGCUUUAAAGUAAUGUUUUAAUUUUUUUGACUUUUUAGUUAAAAUGUUGAUUGAUGAUGUUUGCUGCAAACUUUUGCAUUUAUAAGUAUUGUUCUAACGCAUUAGUUCAUCAUUGUGAGUUAAAAAAUAUUACAGAUUUUUCUAUCGGAACAUUUGAACUCAUUUUUUUCCCCCUUAAGUCCUUAAAAGUAUUUGUGUACCUUUUGAGCAGCACUUGACACAGUGGAUAGGUUUACAUUUCAUUUUUUAUUCUUUAUAUUUUCUUUUUCAUUUUUUUAAACGACCAUUUCUCUAUUGUAUAUUUUUUACAUUACUGCAAAUGUCCAGUCUGUACAUAAUGUACAUGUAAAGCCUCUAGGAAAAGUUAAGUCAACUUUUUGGUUUAUUAAAUUCAUUUGAAAUACUGAGCUGUGUGUGCACAUGAUCCUUUAGAUUUAUGAGCAUUAUUAUUAUUAUUAUUAUUACUAGAAAAUAUGUUCAAAGUUCAUUGUUGCUGUUGUUACAUCUGAGUUAAGAUUGAUAAAGAGCUACAUAACCUGUAAGAGAAGAAAAUCAAGCUGAAUGUAUAAAUAAUGAGCAGGGUUUUACUUUCUGGUUUGUAAUACUGCAUUUUAUUGAAUCUAAUAAAUCAUUUUCUCUGGUUUACCAAAAUAAAAAGGUUCAACAUUCCAAAAUAUAAAGAUCCAGGAUUAUGAGUGCUCACGAUGACCUCCUACUCUGGUAAAACUGUAGCUGCCCGUGAAUGACAUCUUGGAGAAACAGCAGCAUCAACACACAGACUUACAGAGUUACAGGGUUUGUUACAGUGCAUGAUGUCGGUGUCACGUUGGGAUCUCAAGCAGACGAUGACAAAAAAAACGUGCUGGAAACCAAAAAACUAUGACUUGCAAUUUUAAUGAUGAGAGAGGGACACGAUAAGAGAAACUCACCCGACCCGAACAAGCAGUAGUACAUUCUGAAAAAUGUCAUAUUUAUUUCUAAACCUCCAUAAUAAUUAUUAGAAUUUCAAAUCAUGUUGUUGCUGAAGUAAAUGGAAAAAUAUACAUUUAAUAUCUUUUAAAUAAACAACAAUAUAAGCUAUCUAUGCAAUUCACUUAACAGCUUCUUUUUUUUUUAGCACAGGCAUACUGUACACAGAUAUUUGAGUGAGUUACCUGGAUGUCAAGACGAGAAAACAAAAGUGUUAAGUUUGCAUAACAGGUUAAAGUAAACCAGGCUUCCUCUACCUCUCAAUGCAUGAUGGAAGGUCGCCGUGACAUUUACAGGUAUGUCGACGUUACACUCAGAACAGAGGAAGUAGCACCCGUUACCUACCUAAGAUUCAACACAUUAGUGGACAACACAACCAAAGAAAGACACUUGGUAGACGUGGAAACUCGAUGGUAUUGCUUGGUGGAAGUUUUUUCGAGAGGAAGGAAGAAUUACUGUUGAAAAAAAAUAAAUGAAAAACUGUCAAAAAAUCAAAAAAUAAAAGUCCUCUUUCGGGUUUUCUCUGGAGUUUUUGGCUGCAAAUCACGGUCUGCCCCUUGAAAAAGAGAUGAAAUAUGUGACCCUUCUUUGCUGACCUGUCUCUAUGACGUCUGAAGCUCAUGACAUGCGGUUUAAAGUCCAGCCUUGACUUAGGAGGUUCCUUUUAUUUUUUUUAGUUAUACUGCUGAUGGGCCACGUUAAAACAAAACAUAUGAAUAAUAAAAGGAAAAAAACUGUAAAAUCAAUCAAAUAAAGUUGUAAUUUUAUGAGACAAAAGCUUUGACAUCACAAGUCUGCACCCUGCAGGACCCACAAAUUUCAGCGUCCUGACACUUUGGAUGAUGUGGUGCUGAUGUGCCAAAGGUGAGAGUAUUUGGUUAUUUGUGAAACAUAUACCUUAGUUUUACUUCAGGGGUGCCAGUUUAGCUCAGUGGUUAAAGCGUGUGCCUCACGCUCAGAGGCUCUGGUGCUCAUUGCAUUGGUCGCGUGUUCAACACCUGACCUUGACCCUUUGCUACAUCCUCUACUCUUUAGAUAAACAAAUAAAGAAAAAUGUAGAAGGGGGGCAGUUAGUUUAGCAGUUCAUCCCGCACUUCACAUACAGACGGCCCAGUUCCUUGAACCAUAUAAGUUAUUCUCGUAAAGAUUUGUUUCUCAAAAUCGGACUAUUCCUCUAAUACAAGUUUGUUUCCACACAAAACUACGUUUAUUUUGUUGUUAUAAUAUCACAUUAUUCUCAAAAUAUUACAACUUCAUCAUCAUUGCAUUGCAACUUUUUCUCAGUUUUGUAUUUUUUCCCAUGUGGUCCUAAUACCCCACCAUACAUGGAACAGAGCCGACCUGUGAACUGUCACUCUUCUUAAAUGUUACAGGAAUGUAUUUCAGCUCUUCCACUGGUCACUUCCUCUUCAGAAAUUCAAUCUGUGCGCUUCAUUUGAAGGAAAUGCCAGAACAGUCACAUCCUUCACAAAGAAAGUGCCCAAAUAUGUAACUUGUUCACACUCUGUUCCCCUAAAAUGUAAGUAACGAGUUAACUAUCACACCAAGCUUGCUGGUAAAUGGAUACACAAACUGUGAAAUCUUAAUCAAAUAUGGGUCAAAGGCAUGACGUUUGGCACCUCACAUCCUCUGUGGCUUAGACGAGAUGGCUAUAGGUGCAUGGUAGUCAGAUUUACAGAUAGAUAUUUUUCUUAAAAACACGUGUAAGUCUCUUUUUUUCUGGUAUUGCACAUCCUAAAGAACACUGAGGGAGAUAACACGGUGUCAUGUGACAUGACUGUGUAAACCAUAUUGACUCUAACCCUGGGAUCUUAUAUUUUUUUAUCAUACUGCUUCUCUCUGCCACACAGAGAAAUCUGAUCCUCUUUAGGUGUCCACGGGACUGCCUCCACUCUCCUUUCCCCUCCUCUCCUCUCCUCUCUCCUCCUUUCCUCUCCUGUGAGUCAAACUAAACAGAGAACAGAGAGCUGAAAGUGAUGGCAGGCGGUCUCUCCUGUGUUUUCAUCAUACCGAUGAGGAAGAGGGUCCUGGUGCAGCAGGAGGAGGAGGAAAAGUGGGUCGGACACAUGAGUUAGUAAAGGAGAACAAACCGUGGUAGGCAAGAGGCAACAGUCUGGUUCCAGAGACCUCGUGCCCGCUGCAGCAUCAGACCCCGCAAGACGUCAUGCACAGCAGUUCAUCCUCAGUGAGAAGUUCCCCUCUGACGCACACACACAG